UAUCCAUUGGAGGUAUUCACAGUAGCCGUUGGGAAAUCCACAUUUUCCCAUCACUCUGGAAGUCACUUCCUUACGGUGAAGCCCUGCACGGGACUAUUUUUAAAAUCCUGAUCAGCGCCCCACCCUGUAAUACACUCCCACCCACUCCCACAUAGUUUCUUGCAUUUUUAUCCCACUCCCACCCGCAAAAACCUUAGAUCCUGCAAAAGAGACAGAUUUUUUAUGCUACUAAAACAACAAUUUUACCACUAAAAGAAUAAAACAAAUCUUGCUUAAACCAUGUAAAAAUACUUUAACUCCCGUUAUAAGAGACAUCAAAUCUCUUUCUAUCCCUUGCUUAAAUUUAAGUAUUAAAACCUUUAUUUUAAAAAAGAAAAACUUGCUGUACAUUGCUCAAAUUCUAUAUAGGACAAGGUGACGAGAAAGUUAGUGUUUUCCUGAAAACCCCCCCAAAACUGGAUUUUUUCCUCACCCAAUCCCAACCGCAACAAAGUACAUUUUACCCACUCCCACUUAUGGCAGUAGUCCUGGGAUCCACGGGAUCCCACCCAGUCCUACUGCAGGGUUCUAGCCUGCAUACAAGAAAGUGAGUUUAGCAGGGACAUCACCUCUAGAGUACCCGCUCAUGGUAAAGGGUGGCCCUGCAGGCACCCCGCAUUCCCCUCCUGCGCCUCCUCAUGACUUUCCAUAGUCUAGAGUAUUUAAUAUAAAAGGUUCCCCUUCUGGAGUCCGAUUUAUUGCAGUUGUACAGUUUCCAGUAGCCCUCUCCUUUCAGACCACUUCUAGCACUGCCUGAAGUGUGUGUGUUUGUGUAUGUAUGUGUGUGUUUGUGCAUGUGGGGGGAGCAGUAAUGAUAAUCUGGAGGCAGCUGCUGUGGUAACACAGUGCUUAAAAUGCACCCUCAGUAACCCAGCUCAGUUUGUAUUUGCUUUGCCAGGUCUGCACCAUGCCCUUGAAGCCCGGCCUCCAGGCCCAAAGCCUUCCCGCUUUGCUAAGAGACUCCACCACCCUCCUGCCAUAGUUACUUCUGUGCUUCUCCUUGCCCUCCAGCAGCUCCGCCAUGGCGGGCAACAAAGUCUUGCAAGAAACAGAAAGAAACAAAAUCAUCCUGACAACAGGGCUUCCUUCCAGACAGCUCUCCUGGGGCGCCCGCAGCCUGUCAGCUUAAACACCCAGCCAGCAGCCUCCCCGGCUAGAUCUCUCUGGGACUCCUGCAGGAGACUUUAGCUCAUCCUUGGCUCCAUCCAGACAAUCCCUAUCUACCCCCAAGAUCUGAUUGGGUCACACGGCUUACCUCAUCUCUCCUCUCCCACCAGGAGAGUGGCUGGGGCUGAACCCAUCUCCCCAUAAAGGGCCAGCCACCCUGGGACACUGGGCCUUUUCAGUGCUAAUCGCAAUGUUGAUGUGGUGCUGAGAGGAUUCUAACAUGACCUCCCCCCCAGGAUUGUCUGUGAGUUCCUUUCUCCCCGCAGGUGCUGGAUGUUGGCGAUCUCGUGGUGAUGCCUGGGAUCAUAGACACUCAUGUCCACACAUGAGCUAUCUUCCCCCAACCACAACUCUGGCAAACUUUGAGGACAAGCUGCAGUCUGCCGAAGGGCAGUGCUACGUGGAUGUAGCCUUCUGGGGUGGAGUCAUCCCUGGAAACCAGGAUGAGCUCCUGUCCAUGCUGCAGGCUGGAGUCCCAGGCUUUAAGUGCUCCCUGAUUGCAAGUGGAGUGGAGGAAUUCCCCCAUGUCAGCCUCCAAGAUCUGCACAUGGCAAUGAAUGAGCUGCAAGGCACAGACUGUGUCCUCUUGUUCCACGCAGAGCAAGAGCUGGGCCAGUGGAAGCCGGCACUAGAGGACCCCACAGAGUACAGAGCACUCCUGGACUCCCGCCCCGAUACAAUGGAAGUGGAGGCCGUCCAGACCAUUGCUAAUCUCUGCCUCCAGUACACGGUGCCCUGCCACAUCCUCCAUCUCUCCUCUGCUCAAGCCCUGCCCAUCAUCAGAGAGGCUCGCCAGAAAGGGGCACCACUCACUAUAGAGACUGCCCACCACUACCUCACCCUGACCUCUGAACGCAUUCCACCUGGGGGCACCUACUACAAGUGCUGUCCUCCUAUCAGGGCCAAAACCAAUCAGGAGCAACUGUGGAGUGCUCUGCAAGAGGGGCUGAUCGAUAUGGUGGUGUCAGCCCAUAACCCCGGCUCACCAGAUCUCAAAAUCUUGGAUGAUGGAGACUUUUUCCAGGCACAGGCAGGCAUUGCCUCACUGCAGUUUGGGCUUCCUCUGUUCUGGACCUCAGCAAAAUCCAAGGGAUUCUCCCUUCAUGACGUGGUGCAACUGAUGUGCAAAAAUCCUGCCAGCCUGAGCCGACUGGAUGACCGCAAGGGGGCGCUGUGCACAGGGAUGGAUGCUGACUUGGUGAUCUGGGAUCCAGACAAGGAGUUUGAGGUGAAGAAAAACAUGAUUCAACAUAAAAGCCAGCUGACCCCAUACCUUGGCUUCCAGCUUCGUGGAGAGGUUUUUGCCACUCUUGUGCAUGGCAGGUUGGUUUAUCUGAAAGGAAAGUUCUCACCCAAGCCGGAAGGAGUCCUGCUUGUAACUCAGAGAAAGAUGUCCACAACAGUCUCCUCCUCACCCUACUACUGACUAAGAAUGGAGGAGAGAACAUGACCAUGAGACCAACCAAAUUAUUGAGAGCCCCCUGUAGACCUGGAAAGAGAAGAGAAGCAUGUGGGGGUGGGGGUGGGGAAAACAGUCAUGGAAGCAGAGGGCAUGGCCCAUUCCCUAGUUCACUUCCAUAAACUCACGCUUGCAGGAAAAAGGGUUUGUGGGUGGCUGUAGAGACACUGCCUGAUCUUUGGCUCAGCUGCUGGAGGAGGUCUCCAAGAGGAGAAGAGAAGUGAGACCAAAGGCGGUCAAUGGAGAACAAAAAAUUCCUCUCCUCUUGUUGCCUAGCACUGAGCCCCACACAUCCAAUUUACAACCCCAAUGGGCAAUCAUUUUGCGGGGAGUUUCAAAGGAGCCUAAGGGGCUUAGGCACCCAGCUUCCCUUGCCUUUCAAUUGGAUUUGGGUGCCUAAUUCCUACAGGAUCCUGUUCAAAUCCCAGCCUUGAUGUUGCAAUGACCUAUGAUGGCAAUGGACUGAACUAUGCCAUGUAUGUUAGAGUGACAUUCUUUCCCCUUUGGUGCAAUGGAGAGCUUUGCAGAACCACUGGAGUCCACCCCAAAGACAGAACUGUAAGCCAGCAAACCAGACCCUGAGGCAAUGCUUCUGGCUGAGCUAUGGAACAUUGGACUUGUAUAUGAAAGCUUUUAUUAAAGCAGCAUGCCAACCUGUGGGUGUGUGAAGAGGUGUAUUCAGUAGGUAUUGGAAUGCUUAGCUUUGGGCCAGAGGCAACAGCUGUGCCAAUAGAAUGUAAUUAGUCCCUUUAGUCAAAUACAGCGAAAUCUAACUCUGCUGGGUGUUGCUAGAGGGCAAUGGUAGAAGGAGAUCCAAUGGCUGGAAGCUGAACUCAGCAAAGUUCACAGAGGAAAUACAGAGAAAAAUGCUUAGACGGGAGUUUAAUUGACCCAGAAACAGAUUCCCAAGGGCUGGGGUAGUAACCCAAGUCCAGUCAAGCUCUAAAAGACACCGUUCUAAACAAGACAGCCCUUAGUUCCUCCUCAAGCUCCGGGACUUGAUGCAGGAACCGCUGGGGGGAAGUUCUACAGCCCUCAGGCUAUGCAGGAGGUCAGGCUAGAUAAUCACUGGCCUCCCUUCUAGCCUCAGCAGCUCUGAACAAUCCACCGGUUUGUUGGCUAAUAUGAAAUGUAAUUAGCCUUGACUUGCUUUAGGCCUCUGCCGUACCAG